AUGGUUGAGAAGGCAAAGCGGUCGUCGACACGGGGUCUGCCAAUCAGGGUCGGCGAGGAUGAUGGUGUCUUCAUGGUGCCUAAAGAAGUGCUUACAAAUGACCCCGUCGGGAGAGAAGUACAGCUGACCUUUUCCUAUAGACGGAUUGGCGCUGUAACCCGCACGUAUGACCACCCAGACCGCAUCAGAGCGUACCCAGAAGGGUACAAUCAUGACCUCGGCCUAAUUUCAGAUGCUACGUUUCCAGAUGUGGGCAAUUCCCCGGGCUACCCAUCAGUAACAAGAUGGGCAGAAUACUCGGCGGCUCUCUAUGGACAGGAAGUAUACGUUGUCUGCGAUAUCCACUGA